UUCUGUCUGUUUUUUAACUCUGAAAUCUAUGAGCAUUGACCAUUGUAAAGAGAGUCUCAUUCAAGUCUUCUUUUUUUUCCUUUGAAUCAGAUUUUCAUGUCUUUCACAUUGUCUUAAGCAAAAACAAACACAACAUAACCAAUACUCCAUAAAAAGCAUUCUCCCUAUCUCUUCUUGUUCUCUAGUGUAUACUCUUUUUAUGUCAAAAAACCCACAAUAUACACUUUCUUGGUCUAUUCUUUUUCUAUUUUUCUUUCACAAUAUAUAUGCACUUUGCAUGCUUUGAAACAUUUCAAGAAUACCACUCAACCUAAAACACACACACCAUUGACAUCAAAGUAGCUUAAACAAGUGAGAUUUGUGGGUUUUGAUUGAAUUGAGUGAUGGGUCCUGUUAGAGGGCAUAAAAAGAAAAGAAAAGUAGACAAGAAAGUUGAAAAGGAGUAUUUAGCUUCUGGGUCUUCAGAAAAUGGCUCUGCUGAUUGGUGGGAGAUGUUAUCCAAAAGAAUUGCUGGAAAUGUUUCUCCUUCAAAAGGUUUGGAUAAGUUCCAAUCUGUUUUCAAGAUGUCUAGAAGAACUUUCGACUACAUAUGUUCCCUUGCAGAGGAGCACAUGCAGGCGAAAUCAGCCCACUUUGUGUUUUCAAGUGGCAAGCCCAUGUCUUUGCCUGAGCAAGUAGCGUUAGCUCUAAGGAGGUUAAGCUCGGGUAAUUCACUAAUUUCAGUGGGUGACUCGUUUGGGACCCACCACUCGACGGUGUCUCAAGUAACUUGGCGCUUUAUAGAGGCUAUUGAGGAAAAGGGGCUUCACCACCUACGGUGGCCCACAAUGGAAGAAGAUAUGACACAGAUAAAGUCAAAGUUUGAAAGAAUUCAAGGACUUCCAAACUGUUGUGGUGCGAUCGAUGCUACACAUAUUACAAUGAUGCUAUCCUCUUCCGAGCAGACAGCUGAUGUAUGGCUAGAUCAGAAUAAGAACCACAGCAUGGUUCUGCAAGCAGUUGUGGACCCCAAGAUGAGGUUCCGUGAUAUUGUCACGGGAUUGCCUGGGAAAAUGAAUGAGAAUUCAGUGCUUCAGAGUUCAACGUUUUUUAAACUCUGUGAGAAAGGAGAGAGGUUGAACGGGAACAAGAUAAAUCUAUCUGAAGAAGCAGAAGUACGGGAAUAUAUCGUUGGUGAUUCUGGUUUUCCCCUGCUACCUUGGCUUCUAACUCCUUAUCAAGGGAAAGAACUUUCGGAAUCUAAAGCCGAGUUCAAUAAGAGGCAUUUUGCAACUCGUAUCGUGGCACAAAGGGCCUUGUCUAGGCUGAAAGAAGUUUGGAAAAUGAUUCACGGAAUGAUGUGGAGACCUGAUAAGCACAAGUUACCUAGGUUUAUCCUUGUAUGCUGCAUUCUCCACAACAUUAUUAUCGACAUGGAAGACGAGGUAUUGGAUGAGUUACCUCUAUCAUCUCAUCAUCACGACCCGGGGUACGGGCAAGAGGUUUGUGAAUCCGUCGACAAGACUGCUUCAGAUUUGAGGGAAAAUUUGUCCCUUCACUUGUCUGGGAGGUGACAUUCUUAAAUGAUGAAUAGCAUAAGCUGUCAAUUUGAUGGCUGAUAGAGAAUAUUUUCAAAGAUGUUUAGGCAUUUAUAUUUGGUUUUUAAUUAUUAUAUUACAAGUUUGAUUAGGUACUCUGUUUCAGAGUGGAUAAUUGUAGGAAAUAAGACAUUAUGGGGUUAAUUUCCUUUUUUAAGCUUA